AUGUGGCUGGCUCUAGCUCCGAUGUCCGUGGUCCGUGGGAUGGUAUCCGGGCAAUGCCUCUUCAAAUUUCCACUUUCUAAGAAUCCAGAAGCACGGAUGAACAUCAGUGGAAUGCUCUCCUUCUGGGGAUACCCCAGUGAGGAGUACGAUGUGGUGACAGAAGGUGGCUAUGUCCUUAAGCUAAAUAGAAUUCCUUACUGGAGAGGAAAUGCUGGAAGCCAAGCUUUUAUAGCCUUUUCCACUAUGCCUCAGCUGGCUAGAAAAAUCAAGAUGUACUUUGUCUUAGCCCCUGUGGCCACAGUUAUGUUUGUUCAAAGUCCGCUUAAAAAGCUCUCGUUCUUUUCUGAUUAUGGACUUAAGAAGAUGUUUGGCACCAAAGAGUUCCUACCACGCACUGCCUUGGGUGAGCUGGUCCUUUCCAAAUUCUGUUCCUGCUCGAAGACCCGCAAGAGCAUCUUGUCUAUGCUCUUUGGAUUUAACUGGAAGAAUGUAAAUAUGAGCUGAGUAGAUGUGUAUGCGGCACACUCCCCAGCGGGAACUUCAGUACAAAAUGUAAUCCACUUGUUGCAGAUGGGUCCACCACUCUACAAUGUGAAGGACAUGCAAGUGCCGAUGGCCAUCUGGAGUGGUGGUGUGGACUGCCUGGCUGAUCCCCGGGACAUUGCCCUCACGCUCCCCCAGAUCAGGAACCUGGUCUACCACAAGGUGAUUCCCCAGUGGAACCACCUGGAUUUCCUACUGGGGCUCGAUGCGAUGGAGGUUUUGUACCAGGAAAUCAUUGACAUGAUGAAGAGGCAUCCGUAA